AUGUAUAGAGAAUUGGCUUGGAUUUCUUCUCCACCUUUCCUGACUCAUACUCAAUUUCUUGAAUCAACCAUGUGUGGUUUUUCCUCCAUUACUACUUGUCUUUUUGCAGCUUAUUCUGCCGCACCAUUAGUGGUAUCAGAGCAUGGAAUCGCUCAUGUUCCAUCGGCAAGUAAAGGCAGAAUAAACAUUGCCCGUGGAAUCCCUAUAGAGAAGUUUGAGGAAACCAAGACCUACAUUUCCAAUGGAGAUGAAAACCGGAGAUGGGAAUCAGGUUCCAGAGAGUGGUGGAAAGAUGGUGUAACCAGCGCGCCAAUCGCGCAUCCCAAGCCAUAUUCCAUGACCCCUCACCACUCUUCAACCCCUCGUGCUCUUGACGACACAACAUUUUCUCCCGCCUCCGCUACCUCCACCCUGAGGGCAAAAUCACGAAAAGUUAGGGCUUUGAUUACAAAGAGUAGGGGGAAGAAGAGAGGGCUUUGA